AAAAAAAAAUGGAAAAACCGAAUUAUCAACUGUAUCGUAAUACAACAUUGGGACAGGCCCUUCAGAAAACGCUGGAUGAUUUUGUCGGCGAUCAAAUGAUACCUGAUAGCUUAUCGAAGAAAAUUAUGGAUUCUUUCGACAAAUCAAUCAAUAAAAUUCUUCCGCAUAAGGCGAAGAAUAAGGUGAAUUUCCGUGCUGACAAACUUCGAGCCUAUCGGUAUUGUGACAAUGUUUGGACAUUCAUCGUCGAACAAAUUGAUCUACGCGAUGCAGUUGAGGGCGGGACAGUGGAUCGAUUGAAAAUCGUGGCCUGUGACGGACAAACCAAAGGACAAAUCGGUCAUGCCUAGAGCAUACGUGCUCUAUUGAGAAAUAAUUUCGAAUUUCCUGCCCCUGUGAUAUAUUAUUUAUUUUCCCAAAAAUUUAUUGUAUAUUUUAAACUUUUUUCCAUGGUUUAAUCUCGUUUUUCUGUGUAUUUUUCUUAUUAUUCUGUGAUGAUGUGUAAUAUUCCCCAUUGAUUGUGACUAUUUUUUGUGAUUUUUGAUAUCUAGCUCAUCCCUUUGAAAUAUCGAUUUUUGAAAACAUUUCUGUGAAACAAUUAAUAUUUGGAUUUUUUUUUCUUGUGAUAAAAUUUUAUUAAAUAAACAUUUAUUUUAUUGU